CAGGGAUCACAUCAUUUGUGUAUUUCUAGGGUGAUUGCAGACUUCAGUCUUGAGGCUGAUUGAGGCAUGGUUGGUUGGCCUCUCCUAUUGCUACUUGCUGAGGUCAAUGCUUUCUACUUGCCUGGAGUAGCGCCGACAGAAUAUCUGGACGGCAACAGGGUUGAGCUCAAAGUCAACAAACUGACUUCAGUGAAGACUCAGCUACCCUACAGAUACUAUGUUUUGCCAUAUUGUCCGCCAAAGGAGAUUCAUGUGUCAGCGGAAAAUCUCGGCGAAAUCCUGAUGGGAGACUCCAUUGAGAAUUCUCUCUACGAUGUCAGGAUGAAAGCCAACGUUUCAUGCGCAUUGUUGUGCGAUCGGACACUGGGUGAAGAGGAAAAGGCUGUGUUCAAAAGGAUGAUUGACCAUGAAUAUCAGGUGAAUUGGCUGGUUGACAAUUUGCCUGCAGCCAUGAAGUAUCAGAAGACAAGCACUGGUGCCAUGUCGUACACAAAUGGCUUUCCUGUUGGGCUCAAAAUCGAUGGAAGUUACUUUGUGCAUAAUCACAUCCAGAUUGGGCUUUACUAUCACUCAAAUGCAGAAGAGUUUGAGGGAAGCCGAGUUGUGGGCUUCGAGGUGUAUCCUUUGAGCAUCUUGCAGCAGAGCUCCGACGGAUCACUGCAAUGCGGCGACAUGGAUGACCCAGUCCCUCGCUUUGACUUAAUGAAGGAGAACAAGAUCACGUAUAGCUACGAUGUUGUAUGGAUCUCAAGUCCCAUUCGCUGGGCAUCACGCUGGGACAACUACUUGAAGAUGCAUGAAGGGCAGAUCCAUUGGUUUUCAAUUGUCAACUCCUUGAUGAUUGUGCUUUUCUUGUCUGGAAUGGUGGCCAUGAUUCUUCUGCGAACUUUACAUCGAGAUAUCGCCAAAUACAAUGACAUGGAUGCUGACGACUCUGCAGAGGAGACAGGUUGGAAAUUGGUUCAUGGAGAUGUUUUCCGAAAACCCCCACACUCCAAGGCUUUGGCAGUUUCUGUUGGUUCAGGGGUUCAGCUGCUGGUUUGCUCAUGUGUUACCCUGGUGUUUUCAGCCAUUGGCUUCCUUUCACCUGUCCAUCGUGGAUCCAUUCUCCAGGGCAUGCUUCUUCUCUUCACCUUCGCGGGUAUUCUUGCAGGCUACACUUCAGCCCGCUUCUACAAAAUGUGGAAGGGUGAGGAUUGGAAGAAGACCACGCUUCUAACAGCCUUUCUGUACCCUGGAACCGUUUUCUGCAUCUUCUUUGUGCUGGAUUUGUUUAUAUGGGGCACGAAGUCCUCUGGAGCAGUUCCGUUCACGACGAUGUUUGCACUUCUCGUCCUUUGGUUUGGAAUUUCGGUGCCACUGGUCUUUCUUGGUGCUUUCUUCGGCUAUAAAAAGGCACCCAUCUCACUUCCAGUUCGUACCAAUCAAAUCCCUCGACAAGUUCCAGCGCAGCCAUGGUACAUUACUGGAACAUUCUCAUGCUUGGUGGGCGGUGUGCUGCCGUUCGCUGGAGUGUUUACAGAGCUUUUCUUCAUUAUGUCUUCCAUUUGGCAGCACCAGUUCUACUACUUGUUUGGUUUCCUUAUGCUGGUCCUCGUCAUCCUGGUUGUGACAUGUGCUGAAAUAUCAAUUACGCUGGCAUACUUCCAGCUCACGAAUGAGGACUACAACUGGUGGUGGAGAUCGUUCUUUACAAGUGCAUCCUCUGCGCUGUACGUCUUUGGAUAUUCUUGCUUGUACUACUUCACCCGGAUGCAGAUUGGCCACUACGUGGGUGCUCUUCUGUACUUUGGAUACAUGUUUGUGAUAUCUUACACGUUUGCACUGAUAACUGGUGCAAUCGGGUUUAGUGCAACUUUCUUCUUCGUCCGCACAAUCUACGGUUCAAUCAAAAUUGAUUAGGGAGACUUGGAGUGUUGUUGCGAGGUUCCUGUGAAUGAACCGCUUGGAGCCUUUAGUGAGCUAAUGACCCAGCACGCGUGAAGCUUGCUGUCUCAA